ACGUGGCCAUGUCCCCAUUCGAACGCGUCCUCUUAUGGGGACUUUCGUCAAGAAACCACACACUGCCCUGCUUCCAUCUCACGUCAGCAUACCCGGCCCCUUCUCCACGGUACCACGCUCGAUAUUCUCGGGUUCCUGUCCAAUUGACAGCGUUUCUUCAGAUCCCUGAACGAGAGCUGUAGUAUGGUUUGGCAGCAGGUUCCCUUCCGCGCAUGGCAGUCACGGGAUAUACAUAAGCGCCCUUGUUACCCCAUGCUUCGCAAUGGCAAUCAGCAAUCGAUAGCACGAAUACAAACACAAUGGCAGCACUUGAAGCUUCAUCAGAGUUUCGGGGCUCUCACCCAAAGGCAUCGACGCUGGAGCAGAUCGCUUCAGACGCGCCUAAGCUGAAAAACCUCAUUACAAACUUCCCCGAUCUUGUGGUAUAUACGAGCUCGGUCGAGAAGUAUGAGGAAGUUCGAAGCUUCUUCAACGCGAACAUGACCCAACAGCCUUUCGCAAUCAUUCGGCCGAGGACCGAAGACGAGGUCGUGGCCAUCGUCAAAGAGCUGAAAGCCCAGGGCAUCCCAUUCGGCCUCAGGAGUGGCGGGCACGACUUGACAUUCGGCCAGGCACAGGGAAAAGAUGGUGUCAUCGUAGACCUGAGAAGCCUCGACAGCAUCGUCGUCGCCAAAGAUAAGAAGUCAGUCCGCGUCGGCGGCGGCAUCCUGGGCAUUAAGCUCUCGCACUUCCUGCAACAGCACAAGCUCGUUACCCCCCACGGCUGGUGUCCGACUGUCAGCAUUGCUGGCUGGGCUAUGGGCGGUGGUUACGGCUACACGAGCGCCUACCAUGGGCUAGGCGCGGACCAAAUCCUCAGUGCGCGUGUGGUUCUCGCGAAUGGCGACAUCGUUGACACGAAGAAUUAUCCAGACCUGCUCUGGGCUCUUGGCGGCGCUGGCAAUGGCAACUUUGGUGUCGUAGUCGAGCUACAGCUCAAGGUAUAUCCCCAAACAGGCUUCUUGGCUGGUUUCCUCGGGUUUCCCAAUGAUCAAGUUGGCGAAGUGUUGGAGAAGUUUGGUGAAUUCGAGAAGGAUUUGCCGAUGAACUUCACUGGCGAAGCUACUCACAUGGCUCUUCCCGGCAUUGGUCCCGUCUUUUCCUGGCUGUUUGCUUGGACGUCAGAGAACGAUGAUCUGAAAGAAGGCUGGGCUUUCUUGGAAAAGAUGAAGUCUCUUGGCACACCAGUUCUCAAUACGGUGGCAGAAGUCGACGAUUUUACGUUCUUUAACGCAGGCCCCUCGCCUAUCAACGUCCACUGGUAUCCUCGCUUGAGAAUGUUCGAACGCUUCACCCCGGAAAUCGCCAGUGCGUUUGGCAACAAUUCACCGCCGGGGGCAACCUCGGCCACUGUCAUUCAUGCCGCUCAUGGUCGAGCGAUCGAGGCGAAUCCGGCGGUCUGCUACCCUCUACGCAAGAGGCAUCGCAUAGCAGCUCCGUCGGGUGGUGUUAUUGAUACUACAGCACAGGCGGCGGAAUAUGAGGAAUACAAGAAGUGGGCAGAUGAUCUGGUGAACUCCCUCUCGGAGCAAGGUCAAAUGCUUCCUUAUGGGAAUCGUAACCUUGGCCCAGAGAAGGAUACGGACUGGAUAUCUACGUACGGCGAGGACACGCUAUCAAGGCUGAGCGAGAUCAAGCAGAAGUUUGAUCCAGAGAAUGUCUUCAAGACGGGGUAUCCAAAGUUGACGUAAGUUGAGGGGGGGGGUCGACUUGAAGCUAUCACAUUUGAUCAGCGCCGGCGUCGGCUGUACAGUUGGUUAUGAUGGUUGAAUGAAACACAGCAAGUCAAGAAGGAAUCCAAACAUCGAGUCAAGAGAGUAUCGCUUGGUAUCGACUUGUCUAGUACGGGUGGCCUUGGCACGAUAGAGCUUAAUGGCACGUUCCCAACCUCACCUGUGAUGAUCACUUAACCCUUUUUCACGAGUCUUUGGUCUCCGAUGCAGAUGAAUGGAACUCAAGUAGCGUAUU